CCCAUUUCAAGUUCAAUCAACAGCCUGUCAUGGCUAAGAAAAGAAAGGCCGGCGGUCGCCCUGCGGGCCCCAAGUCAGACAACCACGGUCCCUCCAAGUUCGCCGUCGAGGAGAGAUUCGACGAUUCCGGGGAUGAGUUCCAGGCCGGUCGCGACCAAAUCCUGUUGGAAGAGGCGCCAGAGGCAAAGAGACGCCGGAGAGUAAUUGAGGAAGAGGAAAUGUUCCAGCCGUCAGACGAGGAGAUUUUGGGCUACGAUUCCGCCGAAGACGACGACGAUGAUCUUGACGAGGACAAUAUUGAGGAGGACGAUGAUGACGAGGACGACAUGGGACUGAAAUCGAAAUCCAAGCGCGGUGCCAACCAGGACUCUGAUGCAUCUGGCGACGAAGAGGACGGUAUCGCUGCUUGGGGUUCCUCGAAAAAGGACCUCUACAACGCCGAUCAGAUCGAGACAGAAGCGGAUGCCCUCGAGGAAGAGGAGGAAGCUAAGCGGCUCCAGCAGAAGCAUCUGCAGGCAAUGAACGAGGAGGAUUUCGGCUUCGAUGAAACGGAAUGGGUCGAAUCCGGCAAGGCACAGGAUGAGGAGGACAACGGAGUGGUGACCGAAGUGCUUCCCCAGAUGGAGAUUACGGACGAUAUGAGCGAUGAGGAAAAGAUGAAGAUCUUGAGGUCAAGAUAUCCCGAAUUCGAGCCGCUAUCGAAAGCUUUCACCGAUCUUCAGGCUACGCAUCAGACCCUCGCCAAGGCCGCUCAGGAUUUCAACGCCGACGACGACUCAGACGACGCCCCAGAGUUCGCGCCUGUUGCCGUCAUCAAGUUCCGCGCGCUUUCCGCCUACCUUGGCUCCAUCAGCAUGUACUUCAUGCUCUUGACAUCCGGCACCGACGCCUCCGGGAAGCCCGCUCCGCUAUCACCGGCCGAGUUACGAGCUCAUCCAGUCAUGGGAACCAUAGUCAAGUUCAGAAAACUCUGGGACAAUGUCAAAGAUAUCAGCGAAGCCGAACCGGAGGAGAUCUCCCAGGAUUCGGAUGCUGACUCCGAGGACAUUGACGAGAUUAUGUCGGACGCAUCUGAGCCCAAGCAGAAGGCCAAGAAGGGCAAGCAGACGCCAGCCUCCAAGAAGGAGAAGAAGGUCUCGAAAGCGCAGCGCGCAGCCGAGGCCGCCCAAGCCGAGGCGGAAGAACGCAGGGCUGAGAGACUUCGCCAGACUGAAGCCAACCUGGCGGAUCUUUCGAAGCUUGUUGCCGCACCAGGCAAGAAGCGCACACAGAAGACUAAGACCGUGGCCAAGGAUCUGGACGACUCCGAUUUCGGUGAUGAGGAUGCUCUCACCGCAAAGGAGGCCGAAGAAAAGGCCAACCAGAAGCGGUCUCUCCGUUUCUACACCUCACAGCUUGCACAGAAGGCCAAUAAGCGCAGUGCGGCUGGUCGGGACGCUGGUGGUGACGCAGAUCUUCCUUACCGGGAGCGCCUGAGGGACCGUCAAGCUCGCUUGAACGCGGAAGCCGAGAAGCGUGGUAAACAGAGGCUGAAGGAGUCGGAGCAACUGGGUGGCGACAGUGACGAAGAGGAUCACCGGGUCGCGAAUCAACUCAGGGGCGAAGAGAAGUCCGAUGACGACGAUUACUACGACAUGGUCGCGGCUCGUGGCAAGCAGCGCAAGGAUGACAAGAAGGCGCGUGCCGAUGCUUACGCGGAGGCUGCUCGCGAAGGCGGCCAGGUGGCGAUCCACGAAGAGGUCGGACCAGACGGCAAGCGUGCCAUCACCUACCAGAUCGAGAAGAACAAGGGUCUCGCACCCAAGCGCAGCAAGGACUCCCGCAACCCCCGUGUCAAGAAGAGGAAGAAGUUCGAGGAGAAGAAGAAGAAGCUGGGCAGCAUUCGCCAGGUCUACAAGGGCGGUGAAAGCCGUGGUGGAUAUGGUGGUGAACUUACCGGUAUCAAGAAAAACCUGGUCAAGAGUGUCAAGCUCUAGCCUCGGUCUUGCUUCUUACUUUUCCUUUCUUGCCUCGCCUACCGCACUGGAGACAUACAUUACUGGCGUUCGAUGUGUGCAAAAAUGGGUCUUUGUGUGUACAUAUAUAAUUCUUCUGAUGAUGAUACAAACUUUUGUUUGACUGUGUC